AUGGAUAGUCUUCGGAGGAGGAGCCAUCGGAGGAGCAAUUUUUACAGUAAAUACGGCGGCAGAGUGUGGAAAGCGCGGGAGGGUGUGGUUGCACACAACAAGGAAGAACUGAGGAAAUGUGGCAUCACCCAUGUACUGAAUGCAGCACAUGCUGCCUGGGGAAGCAAAGGAAGCCAAGACUUCUAUGGCAAGGAAAUCCAUUACUACGGAAUAGCAGCAGAAGACUCCACAGACUUUGACCUUAGCAUACAUUUUCAUCCUGCUUCAAAAUAUAUCCAUGAAGUACUAAGUGCACCAAAUGGAAAGAUCCUGGUUCACUGCAUUCUAGGGAAAAGCAGAUCAGCCACCCUGGUCCUAGCAUACCUCAUGAUCUGCCAUAACUUCUCAUUGGCUGAUGCAAUUGAAAGGGUCCUCCAGCAUCGGGCCAUCUCUCCAAACAGAGGAUUCCUGAAACAGCUGCAAGACCUAGAUCUGGAGCUACGAUACAAGAUCAACCUGUGUCAACUUCUGUAAUGUCAAGAAAGUCAAGUUGGUCUAGUAAAAAUUAAUCUGCCUAUUUACCUUUCACUUUCUCUACACUGGACUGAAUUUCGUUCAAAUCAAGGUCCACAAGUUAGGUCUCUUGUACCUCAAAUGUUCACAUGUCCACCAUCUUGGAUCGGGGUAGAUGACAUCAUUACAAACUACACCAUUGAGGUGUCCCUGUGUGUCACUCACUACAACUGUACCAAAUUUGGUUCAAAUAAGUUAGACAGUCCUCAAGUUAGUGCACUUGCACCUCAAGAGUUCACAUGUCUGCCAUCUUGAAUUGAGAUGGAUGACAUCACAAACUAUGUAGUUGAGGUAUCCCUGUGUGUCCCUAUAGCUGUAGCAAAUUUGGUUCAAAUCGGUUAAGCGGUUCACAAGUUAGUCCACUUAUUUUUAUUGAAACAGGAUGCUGCACUAGAUGGGCCUUGAGACUGAUCCAGCAGGGCUGUUCUUAUGUUCUUAUUUAUUUAUUUAUUUAACAUAUUUGUAUACCACCCAAAAUGCAAGUCUCUGGGCAGUUUACAACAAUACAAUAAAACAACAAAUUAAAAGGUUAAACCAUUACAACAAUUUAAAUUUUUUUUUAAGUGUUAAAACUAUUAAAAACCAUUA